GAAACGUAACAUCGUUCGUUCAUCCUAUCACGAUUCGAAUUAACAGCUAUUAAAAUGCGUGAAGUGCUGUCCGUCCACAUCGGUCAAGGUGGUGUACAAAUGGGCAAUGCCUGUUGGGAAUUGUAUUGUCUUGAACAUGGUAUACAACCUGAUGGGAUGCUUCCAGCAACAGCGUGUACGAGUGACGAAGGAUUUCAAACGUUUUUCAGUGAAACUGGUGGAGGAAAAUACGUUCCAAGGGCUGUUUUCCUCGAUCUUGAACCUACUGUUAUAGACGAAGUUCGUACUGGAACCUACCAUCAGCUAUUUCAUCCAGAACAAUUGAUUUCCGGGAAAGAAGAUGCUGCAAACAAUUAUGCACGUGGUCAUUAUACUCUUGGAAAAGAAAUCGUAGACCUGGUAUUGGAUAGGAUACGCAAAAUCGCUGAUAUGUGUGCCGGCCUUCAAGGAUUUUUAAUCUUUCAUGCAUUCGGUGGUGGUACCGGUUCUGGAUUCACCAGCUUACUGAUGGAAAGACUCUCUAUGGAUUAUGGAAAGAAAGCUAAGCUUGAGUUUGCUAUUUACCCAUCCCCACAAAUUUCUACAGCCGUUGUCGAGCCAUAUAAUGCAAUUUUAACAACUCACACGACCUUGGAACAUUCCGAUUGUGCGUUUCUCGUCGACAACGAAGCUAUUUAUGAUAUAUGCAGACGUAAUUUGGAUAUCGAGAGACCAACGUAUACGAAUCUGAAUCGAUUGAUCGGCCAAAUUGUAUCUUCGAUCACAGCAUCCCUUAGAUUCGAUGGUGCUCUUAAUGUUGACCUCACUGAGUUCCAAACGAACUUGGUACCUUAUCCUAGAAUACAUUUUCCUCUGGUUACCUAUGCUCCUAUAGUUUCGAUCGAAAAAGCCUAUCACGAGCAAUUGACAGUCAUGGAACUAACUUCGGCUUGUUUCGAGCCAGCUAUGCAAAUGGUCAAAUGUGAUCCACGUAGAGGAAAAUACAUGGCUUGUUGCCUACUCUACAGGGGCGACGUUGUUCCCAAAGAUGUGAAUGCUUCUAUUGCGACCAUCAAAACUAAACGUGCUAUACAAUUCGUCGAUUGGUGUCCAACUGGUUUUAAGGUCGGUAUUAAUUAUCAACCACCGACUGUAGUACCGGGCGGUGACCUUGCUAAAGUUCAACGUGCGAUGGCUAUGUUAGCUAAUACGACAGCUAUCGCUGAAGCUUGGACAAGAUUGAAUAGAAAAUUCGAUCUUAUGUUCGGAAAACGUGCUUUCGUUCAUUGGUACGUCGCAGAGAAUAUGGAUGAUAGUGAAUUCAACGAAGCCAGAGAGGAUCUUGCUGCCUUAGAAAAAGAUUACGAAGAAGUUGGUAUGGAUUCUACGGAAGGUGGCGAGGGUGGAGAAGAAAAUUAAAUGUUGCAUUAGAUGAAGGCCAUUUUUACGUUAAGUGGUAGCACACUUAUCGUAUUUUCGAGGUUCUAUAUUUUUUUUGUUUGAUCCUCGUUGUCAUCGCUGGGAUGAACGAACUCGUUCAGCCAACCAAUUUUUGUAGAAUAUUUUUACAUAUCAAUUUUGUUUAUCGUCCUUUUUUUUCGACGUCCCUGUACAUUCAUUUCUUAGAUAUAUUUCUCAAUAUACACGAUUUAAUACAUUAAUUUUUUUUUUUAUAUUUAUCAAUACGCAAGCUUGUAUAUUUAUUUAUAUAAUAAAAAUUCGUAA